GACAGAGAUGGCAGUGAGACAGAGAGCGGCGGCAACGCUGCCCAGCCUCAUUCGGAGCCUCCGAAACGAAUGCCCGAAGCCCACGAACCCAACGGCGUUGCCGUCGCUGCGACGCGCUUUCUCCCUCUACGAUCAGAUCAAUCUCAUCGACAACGUCCCCGAAGACCAGCUCCGCUUCCAACGGUAUACGGAAACGGGGUUCACUGUAAAUGGCGUGGAGUAUGAAGGUGGCUUGCUUUGUGUGGGAAACAUGUUAAUGUCUUGGGCUCCAAAGAAAUUCCAAGAGGUCACUCCAGAUAGCUUAUCUAUCUUUCAAAUUGUGCGGCCUAUACCAGAGAUUCUGAUACUUGGCUGUGGGAGGAACAUUGAACUAGUAGAUCCUGAACUUCGGCGCUUCAUUCGGUCUACUGGCAUGAAAUUAGAAGCCCUUGACUCGAGAAAUGCUGUGUCAACUUACAACAUACUGAAUGAGGAGGGUAGGGUUGUGGCUGCUGCGCUUCUUCCAUAUGGGGUUUCUUCUUGAUGCCAAGAUCCAGCAUGUGAUAAGCCUUUUCAUUGUCAUCUUAUACAAGAUUCCAUUUCAGUUUAAACUAUUCAAACCCCCUUGUCCUUUCAACAAGUACUAUUGGAUUUGUAAGGAAGAUGAAGUUUUGUCUUGUGUAAAUAAUAAGGUGGAAGUUGGAUAGUCCAUAAUUGUACAUCUUUAUGCAUUUCUGCAUUUCUUGUGUUGCUCA